UUGAAGACUAUGCUGGAAGAUGGCAGGUUCCAUUGCCUCAGCUUGAGGUGCUUCAGACAGCUCUUUGUUGUUUCACAUCUGCCUGUGUAUCGUUCCCAGCUGAAUGUGAGCAGCAUGUACAAUAUGUUUUGAGUAGCCUAGCUUUGAGUUUUUUUGAAUUGCUGCUGUUCUUUGGAAAAGAUGAGUUCUACGAAGAUCCUUUAAAAGAUAUUUUAGGCUCAAUCCAGGAAUGCCAGAACCUCCUAAGCAGAUAUGGAAAUAUGAACCUGGAAUUGGUGACUCGAAUUAUCAGAGAUGGUGGACCAUGGGAGGAUCCAGUGUUACAAGCAGUUCUUAAAGCAAAGCCUGUAUCUCAGGAGUUAGUUAACAAAUAUUUAAGCUCUGAAAAUCCACUGUUCUUUGAACUACGUGCCAGAUACCUUAUUGCUUGUGAACGCAUCCCAGAGGCAAUGGCUCUUAUCAAAGCUUGCAUAAAUCAUCCAGAUAUCAGUAAAGAUCUGUAUUUCCAUCAAGCUCUUUUCACCUGUCUUUAUAUGUCACCAUUAGAAGAUCAGCUGUUCCAGGAGCACUUGCUGAGGACUGAUUGCAGGAGUGGAAUUGAGAUCAUCUGCAACACUGAAAAAGAAGGGAAGACCACCUUAGCCUUACAGCUAUGUGAAUCGUUCCUUGUCCCACAGCUUCAAAGUGGGGACAUGUAUUGUAUAUGGGACCUCAUCUUCAUCUGGAGUAAACUACAACUUAAGUCUAACCCAUCAAAACAAGUAUUUGUUGACCAAUGCUACCAGCUUUUAAGGAUAGCUACAAAUGUCAGAGUCAUUUUCCCUUUUAUGAAGGUCAUUAAAGAUGAAGUGGGAGAAGAUGGUUUGCAGAUUUGUGUUGAGAUAUGUGGUUGUGCUCUGCAACUGGACCUCCGUGAUGAUCCAAUAAUGAAAAGUCUCAUAUAUAAAACAAUUGCUCAUUUUUUGCCAAAUGACUUGGAAAUCCUCAGAAUUUGUGCGCUUUCUGUCUUCUUUCUUGAGCGUACCUUAGAAUCAUACUACACCGUUGAGCGGCUAUAUAAAUGCGCAGAUGAAGAGUAUAAUGAGCGUGCUAGUUCUGUACAGAACCGUGUACGUUUUGAAUUGCUUCCCAUUGUGAAAAAGGGUUUGUUUUUUGAUCCUGAGUUCUGGAAUUUUUUGAUGAUCAAGCAGAACUGUUUAGCACUAUUGGGUGAUAAAGCCUCUGUUGGCUUAGGUGAAAGUACACUGGAAAAUUCUGCUGCCAAUACAGAGAAACUAACAGAACAUCAGUCUUUAGGUGAAGAUCAUGUCUGUUUAGCAGAUCUAAGCAGUGGGGAGUUUGACCCUGAAGACCUUUCUGGAGCCCAAUCCAAAGGUCAUGGUAAUGCCAAAAAGAACUACACAGCUCUUGGAGCAGCAUCGAAAAUGAUAGAUCACAAUGUACCAAGGCACCGUUGUGUGUUAUGCAACAAGGAGUUUCUUGGCGGUCAUAUUGUAAGGCAUGCACAAUCUCACCAGAAAAAAGGAAGCUUUUCGUGUGUAAUUUGCAGUAGAAAGUUUAGGCAAAGAGGACUCAUGUUGAAGCACUUAAAGAAUCAUGUCAAGAAAAUACAAAGACAGCAUCUUGCUGUAGUCCAACAGGAGGAUCCAGAAACCCCUGUUUUAAAUGAAUUGAAUUGUUCUGAGGCAUCCAUCUCUUUUGAAAAUGGAAGCUCUGACAGUUCUAAGGAUAAUGAACCAGAGGUUGCAAUAAUUCCAAGUACUGAUACAGAAGCAGACAAUCCUGAGCUGGUAUCAGAUGUGGUUGAAAAUCAUGUAAGCGAAGAGGAUGAUGUUGUUGGGAAUGGUAGUUAUGACAGCUAUUUAAAUAAUACUCUUGAACCGUUAACUACAGAGAGUUUGCCUGAGAGUGAAGAAAGUCCAAAUAUGGAGUCUCCUGUACUUCAUAAAGUAAAUGGAGCCUUGUGCUCUCAAAAGGAUCUGGAUGUUAUGGAUCAAGAGGGAAACUUUAAGUGCCCUGCCAAUGGCUGUGUUAGGGUGUUUAAAAAGAUAAGAUUCCUCAACAAACAUGCAAGAAAAGCUCACCCGACUGAUCUGAAGGUGCAACAGCAUAUAAUGAAAUGGAAUAAAGGAAAGUGUCGCUUCUGUCAGAGAAAAUUUGCUGAUUCUCAGCAUUUUAUAGAUCACCUAAAACGACAUGUAUAUCCAAAUGUUUACUUUUGUUUACAUGUUAACUGUAAUCAGAGAUUUAAGCUGUCCACAGAACUUGCAGAGCAUACAAAAAGUCACAAUGUUUUUAAAGCUCAGUGCAACUUUGCAGAGUGCUGUGAGCUUUUUGAAGAGCUUCCUUUGCUGUAUGAACAUGAGGCUCAGCAUUAUUUAAACAGAACAGCAGAAAGUUCUGAGGAAGUAAAUGAAAAAAUUUCUUCAGAUAAUCUUUCAGAAUUACAUUGUGAUUCUGCAGAAAAGGAUGCAUCUAGUAAUGAAAAAGAAACUGUAGAUUUACCUAUUCCGACUUGGAAGGCAAGGAAAGACUCUACAGAACCAAAGACAUAUAUCCAGAGUGUUGAGAAGAAAACAAACAAUAUCAUUCAGAAUGGAAAUGAAAGUUCUGAUGUUAAUGCUACAUUUUUAAGCUUGCUAGACCAAAAGACACCUGUGGUACAGCCAAAUUCUGAAACUUGCAGUGUUGUUAGUGACCAAUUAGUAAAUGGGCACAGUGAACUGGAGCAGACUACUUCAGCUUCAUCAGAUACGCCUUUGGACAGAGUGGCAGAUGAGACAAGGACAGAAAAUGGUUCAAUGUUACCAGUUUUACAGAAUUGUCAUGAUAUGCCACAAAACAACGUUGCUGCAGUUUCUCAGUUACCUUCCAAACCAAAUCAGACAACAGAAAAUACUUCAUAUGGCUUAAUAUUAACAAAGCCAUAUGUUAGACCAUUGCCUCCCAGUUACCUUGAUGAACGAUACAUAAGCAUGCCAAAACGUAGAAAAACUUUGACUGAUAAAGUAGAUGCUCAUUCUGAGCAGGAUAAAAUUUGUAGCAAAUCACCAGAAAGAUUUAGAUGUGGCAACUGCCUGACCACCUACUGUAACUCAGAAGCACUUGAGGCUCACCUUGCACAAAAGAAAUGUCAGACGCUCUUUGGAUUCGAUUCAGAUGAUGAAAGUGCCUGAUUAAAUGUUGUGGGAAGAUGCAUCAAGCUUGGAGUGGUGUGAGAAAACACUACAUGAAGAAGCAUCAGUUUGCUGCUUCCCAGUUGGCCUUAAUCAUAAAGCAGUCUCAAAUUACUAAAGAAACACAUGACCUUGAUAAAAGACAAAGCACAUUUUCUAGACAGAACUCACAGAGGAGUAGUGGGAGCUGUGCAGAUUUUGAGUCCAGAAAGGUUACUACAAAGUCCCCAAAGUACCAGUUAUCCAGACAGCCACAAAUUCCUAAUGUAUGAUGGAAGGACAGCAGCACAAUGUGUCCAGCCUGAGGGCUUAAGAAAACUAAUACAGUCAGCUGGGCAGAAACAAGAGAAGUGGUUUAUUGCCUUAUGAAAAAAGCAUCUGAUACCUGUGCAACUGGCUUAAAAUGCCAUGUUAAAAAGAAAACCGUUUCCUCUCCAUGCAUGUUCAAAGGAUGGCCCUUCACCUUAUCAAAAAUAGGUGAUUUAGAGAAAGACAUUGUUAAUUGUCAUGGUAUGGAGAAAAAAAUGAUAGCUGAAACUUAUUUUUAUUCAAAGCUGGGUUCUCUUAAUCCUUUUUCCACUAAAAAGAAUGGAGCUUAUUUUACAGAGUUAUAUUCAGAAUCCCAAAUGAAGUGUGGUGAGGAAAAAUGGAGAUGGACAGCACUGUCAAGUUGCCAAAAAAAAUGUUCAUUGUAUGCAAGGGAGAAUGUUUUGGUAUGACAUUAAAUGCGUCAGUUGUACAAGUUGCGCUUAAGAAGCCUUUUUCAAGUAUAUGACAAAACGACAAAUUACUCCUGGAAAUUUUAAAAUGAAAAAUCUCUAAAAGGCACAGAGAGACUCAAUAUCAGUAAUACUUAUACAGCUUGUACAGAUACUAACAUGCAGGUUGAGACCUAAACAGUGAAGGCAUGCACAAUGUGAAGAUUGGUAAACUUGAGCUUGAGUAUAAAGUUAAGUUAAUAUUAUGCAAAUAUAAAGGUCCUUCAGCUGUUAAUAUGCCUGAAGAGAAUUUGAGAGCUGAUUUUUCUAUAGAAACAGGAUUUAAAUGAAUACAAAACAAGACUCCAGAGGGCAAGGCAAAAUAGAAUGUUAUUUAGGAGAAAUAGAUCAGGAAGCAACUUCUGUACACAUGUAACAUCAGCUAGUGAUACAUUGCUGAGUUUUGAUUUACCAGCUAAUGGUCAGUCAUCUAAUGAAGGGAUGGGAACAUGUAAGAGUGCAGCCUGAAAGCACAUUACAACUCCAUCUAGUUCCUAUUGAAAAGGUGGCAGUUUUUACUAGAAACCAAUCCAGGAGUCUGGCAAUUAAAAUGAAAUUCAGUGUUAAGUACUGGGGCCAACAACUCGCUGUUGACAGAAAUGACACCUGAGAGAGGGUCUGUCAGGAUAAAAACUGCUAUGCCUUCAUCAGUAUGUAACCGAUCUCAACAUAGGAUAUCCAAGAAAUGAAAUGCUGCUGCAAGCGUUCUUCAAAAGACAGUGUGGCAACUCCUCAGAUUGUCCAUUGCAGUGCACAUUUACCCUCUAACAAUUAAACUUGAUUUUUGUAGUUGAUACAAAGUUUAUUUCAAUCCCUGCCUGGUGCAUUUAGCUAGAAGUUUGGAUGUAUUUAUAGGGAUAAAAGCUAUACCAAACAGUCGAUACUUAACAGUAAGAUAAGCCAACACGCAACAGCUGUCCCUGGUCCAUUAAUUAGCUCCCUGAAUGCUUUAUCACAAUGCAUGUACAGCAUAGGGAGGCAGUCAGUCAGCUCCCUUACCCAA